AUGCCGAAGAUCAAGAAAAAGGGCACGUCCGGUGCGGCCAAAAACUACAUCACCCGCUCGCAGGCCGUCCGCAAGCUCCAGAUUUCGCUGCCAGACUUCCGGCGACUGUGCAUCUUCAAAGGCAUCUACCCGCGCGAGCCACGAUCGAAGAAGAAGGUGUCGAAAUCCUCGACGCCGAGCACCACCUACUACUACACCAAAGACAUCCAAUACCUGCUCCAUGAGCCGCUCCUCGCCAAGUUCCGCGACCAGAAAGCGCUUGCGAAGAAGAUCAGCAAGGCGCUGGGCCGCAACCAAGUCAGCGAUGCCUCGCGCCUCGAGCGGAAUCUCACCCCGCGCAUGAAGCUGGACCACAUCAUCAAGGAGCGAUACCCCACCUUCGUCGAUGCGCUGCGAGACCUGGACGAUGCCUUGUCCAUGCUGUUCCUGUUCGCCAACCUGCCCAGCACCGAGAGCGUUCCUCCCAAGACCAUCGCCAAGUGUCAGCGACUGACGAUGGAGUUCGAACACUACCUCAUCCGCACACACAGCCUGCGGAAGUCGUUCCUCUCGAUCAAGGGCAUCUACUAUCAGGCAACGAUACAGGGCCAGGAUAUUCUGUGGUUGGUGCCAUACAAGUUCGUCCAGAGAACAGCAGGCGAAGUCGAUUUCCGCAUCAUGGCUACGUUUGUCGAGUUCUACACCACCCUGCUCGGCUUCAUCAACUACAGGCUGUACACGGGCAUCGGCCUUGUGUAUCCUCCCAAGUUCGACAUGAAGAGCGAGGAACAAGGCGCAGAGCUGGGAGCCUUCCAGCUCCAAGGAAAGGAUAACGAUGACAAGGCUGAGCCUAGUCAGCUUCCGGACGCAGAGACCAACGUAAGAGCACAGGCUGAGGCAGACAAGCUUUUGGCAUUACCGGCUGAAGCAGAUAGGCCAGAGGGCGAGGCAGAUGCUGAGCAGGAGUCCUUGCAACAGCCCUCGACAGCCCUUGACCAGUUCGCAUCGAUUGACCCAUCAGCAGACACACUACUACAACCAUCCAUCACAGCAGAUGCCGCGUCGGCAGCUCGAUUAUUCGAGCCCUUCACAUUCUAUCUCUCCCGAGAAACGCCCCGGCAUCCGCUCGAGUUCGUUCUGAAAGCUUUUGGGUGCAAUCGAGUAGGUUGGGACAGUCUACUCGGCGAGGCAGGCUCAUAUUGCUCAGAAGAUGACCCGCGCAUCACUCAUCAAAUUGUUGACAGGCCAGAUUUGCCAUUGCCAGCUCCUCCUCAAGUCAAUGGCGACGACGAUGGCUUCGACGAUGGCUUCGAUGACGGUGCUCCAGUGGCGAGAAGAGGCAAUGAGAGGGUUCCAGGCCGAAUAUACGUUCAACCGCAGUGGGUCUGGGACUCAAUCAACGCUGGAUCCAUACAGAGACCUGACAAGUACGCUCCCGGUGCGACAUUACCGCCACAUUUGAGUCCGUGGGUGAAACCAAGACAAGGCGACUACGAUCCUACGAAGUCGCUUGCUGAACAGCAGACUGCGGCAGAAGCGGAGGAGUCUGACGAAGACGAUGUGAACGUUGAAGGAAGUGACGGCGAGGAGGUGGAGGGAGUUCGAGGUGACGAGGAGGCCCGAGAAAUGGAGGAUGACCUUGAAGACGAUGGCAUGGCCGUUCAAUUAGCAGAGUCAGACGAUGACGAGGAAGAUGAGGACGACGCCGACGGUGGGGCAGGCGACGAUUUUGGUGGCUUUUCCGACGAAGAGGACGAAGAUCUGAGCGCUCGACAGGCGCGGGAGCAUCAAGCAGAGCUUGAGGCUGAGGCGCUCGGUCGCAAAGUCAAGACAGCUGAUCUGGCAGAGAAGAAGAAGACGACGAAAGCUGCAGCUCAAACCAAGCGCACGCAGGCAGAGAAGGCGGCGGCCGAAGAGGUCGAGAGGAGAAAGAUGAUGAUGCCGCGCCGCAAGCGCAAGACUUACGAAAAGAUGGUCUACUCGAACGCGCGCAAGGAUGAAGAAUCCGAGAAGCUGCGCGCGAAGAGGAGAAAGAUUGAAAAGGGCGCCACGAAGCAAAAGGCCUGA